CUGGUGCCGAAGCGGCCGGGAGGAGAAGCCGAGCUACGCCCCCGCCCGGUUCAUCCCAGCAGAGACCAUGACCCAGCCCCAGUGGGGAUAUUCCAGGGAAAACGGGCCCGAUCGUUGGCAUGAAUCUUACCCAUUCGCCAAAGGGAAUAAUCAAUCACCUGUUGCAAUCCUUACCAAGAAUGUCUUCAAAGAUCCUGUUCUACUGCCUUGGUUUACUGGUUAUGAUCCCGGUGCAGCUAAGUCCUUGAAGAACACUGGAAAAUCUUGCCGGAUUGCAUUCGAUGACACGUUCGAUCGUUCAGUGCUGAGGGGAGGACCACUCCAAGGAAUUUACAGGCUGCGUCAGCUACAAAUCCACUGGGGUUCUACAGAUGACAAAGGCUCAGAGCAUGUUGUGGAUGCCACAAGGUACGCAGGAGAGAUUCACUUAAUCCACUGGUAUUCAAAGUACAGUAAUUAUAACGAUGCCCUGAGAAAAACUGAUGGUGUGGCUAUUUUAGCCAUUCUUCUACAAGUAGGGAAAAAUCUCAAGCCAGAGAUGAAAAGAAUUCUUGAAGAAAUAGACUCCAUUAAGACGAAGGGAAAAGAGGUUCCUUUUCAAAACUUUGAUCCAUCCAUUCUUUUCCCUCAAAAUCGGAGCUACUUUACCUACCAAGGGUCCUUUACUACACCUCCUUGUGAAGAGUGUGUUACCUGGAUUCUUCUGAAAGAGCCUAUGGUUGUCAGUGAGGACCAGAUGUUGAAGCUUCGUAGCCUUUCUAGCAAUCCUGCAGAGCAGCCCCACUGCCCUUUGGUGGACAACUGGCGGCCCCUUCAGCCUCUCAAUACCAGGAUGGUACGAAGUCCGUGCCAAUAGAAUCUUGGCUGAAGUUGACCAUCUUCAGUGGGGAAGACCCAAGAUUCCACACUCAUGCUGUGUACUAUCUGCUGUUCUUCCUCUGGAUCUGAGCUGUUGAGCCAGAAAUUCUGAGCAAUCAAACAGAUCAAGGUUACUAAACGAAUCUAACCUCUAGAGGACAAACACAAAAUUACUCUGGGAAAAUUCUAACCUCCAUAUUAAAAUGUUAGAUUUCUGUAUGUAAUCUUUCUUAAGGCAAGCAUUUUUAUUAAUAAUUAUAUGACGCAAAAAAAAAAGUCAGCUAUUGUUUAGUUCCUCUCUCUCUCUCUCUCUCUCUCUCUCUCUCUCUCUCUCUCUCUCUCUCUCUCUCUCUCUCCCCUCCCUCCCUCUUCGGCAUCUCUACACCUACCUGCUAUCUUGGACAGUGGGGGGAGGAUCCUGGGCUUUCCCAUUUCUGGGAUCGUCCCCAAGCGUCUAGAUGGCCACACGACAUCCAGGAUGAUGUUGUGGCCCUCAUUUUUUUCCCAAUGAGGGAGAAGGAGCGCAGUUACGCUCCUCUGCAAAAAGGUAAAAAAACAUCCCUGCUCCCCACUCCUGAUGGGCACGGACUGCCCCUAUGCAGUUCGGUGCAAAUUUUACAGUUCCAGCGACAUGCGGGGACGACAGGAGGACCCAGAAGCAGCAACCACAUGGCCCGUGCUCUGCGGGAUGGUCCCGGGACCGCAGAAAAGUCAGGUUUUCUGAGGUUGCCUAUAUCCCGGGGAAAGUCCUUGCUCAUCUUGGGUUGCCCCCAGGAUCCCCUGUGCAUCAUGUGGACACACAGGGACAAUCCAGGGACUACCCCGACAUAUAGGGCUGGUGUAGACAUGCCCCCACCUCUCUUUCACACACAGCCAAAUUGGUUUCUGCUAUCUUUUAUAUCCCUGUAAAUUAAGGCUACUAGAGAAGAAGUGAAAUGUGUUUCUCUAUAAUAUUCACAUACGAACAUGACUUCUGUAAAAAUCACACAAAUAUACCAUUUAGACUCUGAUCCUAUACCCAUUUUCCUGGGAAUAAGCCCCAUUCAUCUCAGUGGGACUUACUUUUGAGCAAUAUGUAUAGGAUUGUGAUACUGAAUCACCAAAAUGUGAAUUGAGAGAAAAUCAACCCAGAAGACUAACCCUAAACCUGUUCCUUCUCCCCAAAAUUGAAAUUGAGACAUCCGAACAGAAUAUAAAAUGGGAUAAAGAAUUCUUAUUUUAUCGU